UCAUGAUUUUCCAUGAACUUUACGUUUUAGGACUUUACUUCAACUCUUGAGACCAGAAAUUGCCAUAUCUACUAUAUAUGCUCAAGCUAUUUAGUACCUCUCUUCCACCAAUUCAGCUUCCGCGCCGUCAUAUUCCAACAAUCUCGAACACAAGUAACCAUUUACAGUACUACUACUAAAAAAUUUUGCUAUGUUGAAUGUUCAGAGGGAUAUGAUCACCAGUCAUGGAGAAGUCAAUCGGGAAGACGAACAAAUCCGGGACAUCCACGCUCUGACUCCACCUCAACCUCCGCCGCCGGUAAACCGUGGCCGUCGAAGAGAGGCUUGGGAAGAUAGAUCAUUGUCUUUGUCCAUGGCAGGUGAAGGUGCUAAUUUAAGUGAUCAAAACUUCACAAGCAUGAGUACGGAGUUCAGUGCCUUAGUACUCGCAGGGUCGUCUAUUGAUAACAACAGCAAUUACGAUAAUAUUGAAGGCACGAACAAUAUUAAUGGGAACAACAAUUUGGCAAGGAUUGGAGAGGAAGAUCAGAUGCUGGAGGAGGAGACGAAUCCAUUGGCUAUUGUUGCAGAUAAUAACCCAUUUGACCCGGUUCCGUCCCCUAGAAGAGAGCCUCAUCCGGGCGCAUCUUCAGCAGCUACUGGUGGUGGUGAUCAGAGUGAGGUUUCAGUGCAGAGAGUGAAGAGAGAGGAGGUGGAGUCGAAGAUAUCGGCAUGGCAGAACGGAAAGGUUGCAAAGAUUAAUAAUAGGUUUAAGAGGGAGGAUGCGAUUAUUAAUGGGUGGGAAGGUGCGCAGGUUUCAAAAGCAUCAUCAUGGAUGAAGAAAGUUGAGAGGAAACUAGAGGAAAAAAGAGCAAGAGCUCUGGAAAAGAUGCAGAAUGAUGUGGCGAAAGCGCGCAGAAAAGCAGAAGAGAGAAGGGCAUCGGCUGAGGCUAAGCGAGGAACAAAAGUGGCCAGGGUUCUUGAAGUAGCCAACUUAAUGAGAGCUGUUGGAAGAGCUCCUGUUAAACGGUCCUUCUUCUGAGCCCUACAGAGCAUGCCCUUCCCUAUAUAUAUCCGAACAAACCAAAAAAUUGAAAAAGAAGGAAGAAGGAAUAUUUUUAUAUAUGUGCAUCAACACAAUAAAUAUUACUUAACGUACAAUUAUAUAUUAGGGGCCCCUUUGCCUUUUGAACUAGGGUACCCUAGCUAGCCAUAUAUGUAUAUAAUUAGAUCAUGAGGCAGUACUGGUGUGGCACCGACAAGAAAAAGAUACAUGAUAAACUGAUUUUGGGUGUUUUAAUUUACUCAAUUUGUUUUUUGGAGUGUUUCGAGAUCGUGUAAGAAUUUUGGGAAUUAGGGCUUCAUGUUAGUGAUGGAGGUGAAAAGCCCUUAUAAUGGGGCUUGCAUGUUCAGUAAUGUUGCUUGUUUUUCAUGGCAGCUAUAUAUUGAUAGUUGGUGCUUAUAUAUAUAGAUAUGCUAGUCCUCUUAAGCCCAA